AUUUACUUUUCAUGAAUGACAAUAAAGAUGGUGAAAAUGGCGGGAGAUUUAAGGGUAUGGUUAUUUUUCCCUCUCUUUCCCUUUGUGCAGCGUGCAGUAGUGACAUUAGAAAUGGUGCUCACAGGCAGAGAAAGCUUGAUUCGAUUAAUUGGCAGACGGAGGCGCUUCCUCCCCAAUCGCCGCUCUAUCCUCUCCGAUCCCAUCCCUGAUCCUAACCCUAACCCUAACCCGAACCCCAGCCCGAAUCCGGUUGUUGAACAACCGCCGCAGCAACCAGAUCAAAGCGGCGACGUACAGUGCCCUGUUUGCGGCCGCAACCUUCCCGGUGAUGAUCACAACCGCAUAAACUCUCAUCUCGAUGUGUGUCUCUCUCAAUCACAACCAAAACCGGCAACAAAACGAAAGCUUUCCCAACGCACCCUCCUUGAGUUAAACUUUUCCCCAUCCAAUUCCAAACCUAAACUCCAGAGUCUCUCUCACGAAUCUAACAGUGCCUCCUUCCUUCCUCUUCCAAAUAACGGCUGUGAAGAAGAGGAAAAUUGCGAUAAACAAGAACCGCCUGAAAAACACGAGACUGGAGUUAAUUCUACACUUGUUGCCACUUCCUCAUCUUCCUCGCCUUCCUCGCCCCUGAACAGUGGGGUGCCUGAUGAUUCUAAACCAGUUGAUGUGCUUGGUGCCACGCUUGAAACUUUCAUCGUUGGCCGGAGGCACGCUGAUAAUCCAGACGAAAUAUGUGCUGGAACCGCCAUAUCUCUUUUGAGGGACCCUCAAAAUGUUAAGGACCCCAAUGCCGUUAAGGUUGUUUCUGGGGAUUCUGCAUGCUGUAAGUCGUUAGGUUUUCUUCCCCGCCAUCUAGCCCAGUACCUAUCUCCUCUUAUUGAUAACUAUGGCCUUGGAUUUCAGGGGCAUGUUACUUCUGUUCCAAAACAUUCUCUCGAAAUCGUGCCAAUUCAGGUUACGUGUCACAAAACGGCAAAUGGUGAAAGCAAGUACGCUGAUGAGACAUUUAUAUGCUUAUGGAAAAAUGUUCAACACGUUGUUAAAUUUGAAAGAAGGAAUCCUCCUUCAACUGUAAAGUAUCAGCUGAAUUUUUUUCUUAUGCUACAAGAAGCGUUAAGAAAUAAUAUUCACCUUUUAACUGAAGAUGAGAAAACCUAUAUGGAUUCAUUCACUUUACUCUCAAAUGAAAGUCAGAGGCUUUUUAUCCGGCUAUACACUAGAAAAGGACCUUGGUUUCGCAUGUCUAGCAUUUCAUAUUCUGAAAUAGUGGAUACUCAAAAGGCAGUGAAGGAACUUGCUGAUAAAGAAUACAUACAUUUUAUUGAAGAUGCGAAUCAACUAUGUAUGAGUGAUGUGAAAGAUAUCUUGAAUGUCCUCAAUGUUUCUGAAUUGCGUGAAAUUUGGAGCAUUUCACUAAAAAAGGGUGGUGGUCAUGGGUUGAAGAAGCAGCAUCUGAUUUCAUCCAUUAUUUCUAGUGACGCUGGUGUACCUUGGUCACAAUUAUCAACUAUGAUUUUGGAAAGAUCUAGUUCUUGUAUUAGGAUUUCAUCAAAAUCUGAGUCUCUUAUGUGGCGUACUGAGAGACUUUUCUUCUUAAAUGGAGAACAGGAUCUGUCGUCCUUUCUACUUGUGGAUAUGGGAAAAAUUAAGUAUCCAGCUUACAACUGCAUAAUAUCAGAACCAAUUUUCUCAAAUCGCAGGAAUCUGCUCUCUUAUGAAGAGGCUAUUGAAGUGGCACAAAUUAUGGAUGAAUCUCUUGAUACAAAUAAAAUUGAAGUGGUAUUAAGGUGCAUAAAGCUAGCUGAAUCCCGUGUAUCUACUGAUUUUUCUGACCGGUACUCAACUUCUGAAUCAGUAUCUUCAAUUCAGCACUUAUUUACAGCAUCAUGGGUAUACUCCAAAGUGGUCACCGUGGGGAUUUCUUUCCUUGAGCAGGAGCGCAGGUACACUGACGCAAUUAAUUUGCUCAGAUGGCUGCUAAAUGUUUUCCCUUCUGAUUUAAGAAGAGGAUAUUGGACACUGAGGUUAUCAAUUGAUUUGGAGCACCUGGGCUUCAUUGAUGAGAGUCUCCAAGUAUCUGAAAACGGGUUGCUGGAUCCAUGGGUACGUGCUGGUUCAAGAAUGGCACUGCAAAGGCGGGUUCUUCGUCUAGGUAAACCACCAAGGCGCUGGAAAGUUCCUAGUUAUUCUAGGUCUGCACUGCAGAAGAUCCCUCAGGUUUUUGUUCAAGGGAGACCAUUGAAUUCUGAUUUGGGAGGAAAGAGUAGGUACUACAAUGAAGAGGGGAAACAAUGUGGAGUGGAAGAGCUUGCUUUGAAUUACUAUGCUAGGGAUGGAGGUGGAUGGCAAGGUGUUCACGCAGAGAGUGGGAUAUGGUUAACCAUUUUUGGGCUACUUAUGUGGGAUGUCAUAUAUGCUGAUGUACCAAAUGUCUUUUAUACUAGAUUUCAGAAUGCUCCUUUAGAUUUUGGUACUGAUGGUUUUUAUACUUCAAGAAAGAGUGUCAUAGAAUCCCAUCUGCAGCAGAUUCGUGAUGGCAUGGCCGAGGAGUUUCUUAUUAAGUCAUGGGAAACACAUUUUGGAACAGCAUGUAGAGGAGUUAAUUGGGACUCCCAUUCUUUGGAUGAGCUUCGCGCUGCUGUUACUUGUGUUGGGGGCACUUGUUUGGCAUCUCUCUGCCAACUUCUGGCUCAAGAUUAUCGGAGCUGGUCUAGUGGGAUGCCUGAUUUGCUGCUAUGGCGUUUCCAUGGAGAAUACAGUGGUGAAGCCAAGCUUGUUGAAGUUAAAGGCCACAAUGACCGACUCUCCGAGCAGCAGAGAGCAUGGCUAUUGCUGCUUAUGGAUUGUGGAUUUUCGGUUGAGGUUUGUAAAGUGAAACCGUUGUAAGUUGCUUAUUA